AUGCUCACCCUCCGGACCGCUCAUCGGCCUCUCGGCCUCGCGCGUGCGUUUGCGACCUCGGCCGCUCGCGCCGCUGACAAGGCCCCUUCGCCUCCCACCGGGCCCAAGCCCAUUGACGACUCGACGAGCGCUCUUGACUACAAGAUGCACAAGCCCUCGCGCCGCCUCGCGCACCUCGCGACGAUGUCCCACCCCCGCGCCGCGUCUGCCGAGGAGGCCGUCACCAAUAUCCUUUACAACACUCCUCCGCCGAGCACUGAGCCAUUCAAGCGCCAUCUCCUUAACUGCCUCGUGCAGAACGAGCCCGGUGUCCUGUCGCGCGUGUCUGGUAUUCUUGCUGGCCGUGGUUUCAACAUUGACUCCCUCGUUGUGUGUCAGACCGAGAUCCGCGACCUUUCGCGCAUGUCCAUUGUCCUCAAGGGGCAGGACGCCGUCAUCGAGCAGGCUCGCAAGCAGCUCGAGGACCUCGUUCCCGUCUGGGCCGUCCUCGACUACACCAACACGUCGGUCAUUGAGCGCGAGUUGCUUCUCUGCAAGGUGUCCAUCCUUGGCCCCGAGUUUGCCGACGCCCAGCUCAACCCCACUCGCGACGACGACCUCCAGCACCGCGAGGAGGCGCUCGUCCGCACCUUUGAGAACGCCGGCGAGAACCCUGGCGGCCUUCCCUCUGCCAUUGCUGGCGAUGAGCUCUACCCGAGCCGCCGGCGCGGAAUCAGCGCCUCGGAGGCGCUCAUCUCCAAGAACCUGCACCUCGGGGCGAUCAAGACGCUCGCGGAGCAGUUUGGCGGCCGUGUUGUUGACGUUGCCGAGGAAAGUGCCAUUGUCGAGCUCACCGCCAAGAGCUCGCGCGUCGAGAGCUUCCUUGGUCUUGUUCGGCCCUUUGGCAUUCUCGAGGCUGCUCGCUCCGGCGUCAUGACCCUCCCCCGUACCCCUAUCAACCCGUACACUGAGGACGACCUGCCCGUCUCUUCCACCGAGGAGGUUGACCUCUCCCUUCUCCCCCCUGGAUAA